AUGCUAGAACUACUGGUUUCACCCAGCCUUACUGUAAACAGUGAUCGUCCGGGGAAACUGAAGCUUAGCCGUGCUGACGCUGAUGUCUGGACUCUGAGUGACAGAGAAGGCAGCACCACAUCGGCUCCGAGUGUGUCCCAGCUCUUUGCAAGACCUUGCCCGCGUGUCCUCCCCGGUCAGCCUCCCUCGGCCAUGGCAGCCUACGGCCAGACACAGUACAGUGCAGGGAUCCAGCAAGCUACCCCCUACACGGCUUACCCGCCUCCGGCACAAGCCUAUGGAAUCCCUUCUUACAGCAUCAAGACAGAAGACAGCUUGAGCCAUUCCCCCGGCCAGAGUGGCUUCCUCAGCUACGGCUCCAGCUUCAGCACCCCACCCUCUGGACAGAGCCCGUACACCUACCAGAUGCACGGCACGGCCGGCAUCUAUCAAGGAGCAAACGGACUGACCAACGCGGCCGGAUUCGGAACCGUGCACCAGGACUAUCCUUCCUACCCCAGCUUCCCGCAGAGCCAGUACUCCCAGUAUUACAGCUCGUCCUACAGCCCUCCUUACGUCCCAGCCAGCAGCAUCUGCCCUUCUCCUCUCUCCACGUCCACCUACGUCCUCCAGGAGGCAUCUCACAACAUCCCCAGCCAGAGUUCCGAGUCGCUUGGCGGUGAAUAUAACACACACAAUGGGCCUUCCACACCGGCAAAGGAGGGAGACACAGACAGGCCGCCCCGGGCCUCCGACGGGAAGCUCCGAGGCCGGUCUAAGCGGAGCAGCGACCCCUCCCCAGCAGGGGACAAUGAGAUCGAGCGUGUGUUCGUGUGGGACCUGGAUGAGACGAUAAUUAUUUUCCACUCCUUACUCACGGGGACUUUCGCCUCCAGAUACGGGAAGGACACCACGGCGUCCGUGCGCAUCGGCCUCAUGAUGGAAGAAAUGAUCUUCAACCUCGCAGAUACACAUCUGUUCUUCAAUGACCUGGAGGAUUGUGACCAGAUCCACGUGGAUGAUGUCUCAUCUGAUGACAAUGGGCAAGAUUUAAGCACCUACAACUUCUCCGCCGACGGCUUCCACAGUUCGGCCCCGGGAGCCAACCUGUGCCUGGGCUCCGGCGUGCACGGCGGCGUGGACUGGAUGAGGAAGCUGGCCUUCCGCUACCGGCGGGUGAAGGAGAUGUACAAUACGUACAAGAACAACGUCGGCGGCUUGAUAGGAGCUCCCAAAAGAGAGACCUGGCUGCAGCUCAGAGCCGAGCUGGAAGCUCUGACCGACCUCUGGCUGACCCACUCUCUGAAGGCACUAAACCUCAUCAAUUCCCGGCCCAACUGUGUCAACGUGUUGGUCACCACCACUCAACUAAUUCCCGCCCUGGCCAAAGUCCUGCUGUACGGAUUGGGUUCUGUGUUUCCUAUUGAGAACAUCUACAGUGCAACCAAGACAGGGAAGGAGAGCUGCUUCGAGAGGAUAAUGCAGAGGUUCGGCAGAAAGGCCGUCUACAUCGUGAUCGGCGAUGGUGUGGAAGAGGAGCAGGGAGCCAAAAAGCACAACAUGCCUUUCUGGAGGAUAUCCUGCCACGCGGACCUGGAGGCGCUGAGGCACGCCCUGGAGCUGGAGUAUUUAUAGCAGCACCCACGGCCUCGCCAC